GAUUGUGCGUGGAUACGUGCCAUAAUGCGUAUAUUAGCCGAGUUGCACAAUGAACCGGAUUUGAAGCUGAAUUUGAAAUUUGAAAUAGAAGUGUUAUGCAAAGAACUGAGUAUCGAUCUACGAGCAGUUAGUAUUGAGGGUGUGCUCAAAGACACUGAACGCUUGCUUCGAGUACCACAGCAGUUGAGUGACCUCAAGAUGCUGAAACAACCUGAAAUGCACAUUGGUACAUCACCUGUGGCUGGCGUACGUCUGGGCGCAGAUGGAACUGUGGAAACUGGAGCAGGAACACCGCGACAAAUAUCAACGCCUGUUAGUGAGAUUGAAACAGUGGGCGUAGCAUCGCAACCAGGCGUUACCGUUGCUGCAAGUCAGGCACAAAGUGUUGCACAACAACUGCAACCAUCUGCACAUUUCCAUUACCAUGAUAUCAACGUGGUAUCGUUCGAUGGCCUUGUGCCGCAUCUUAAACUGUCUGCUUCGUUACCGCUCUUCCAGGUUGUUCUCGUUGCUAAUCGAUUACAUUCUCAAUAA